UUUACAUUCUCAAAGAAGCUGCAAGCAAUUGCUUUGUGUUUCAAGAAUUGGAUGGAAUGGAUGAAUAAUUUAUAUUUGAAUUGAUGCAUAGUUCUUCGAUGUUAUGUAAGAGGUCGCAAUGGAUCAAAGAUGUACUGGAGAGGUAAAUGUUAUUGAUUUUUGGAGCGACUGGUUGCAUAAGAGAUGUAAACAAAUCUUGGGGCGUUCACUACAGUGCGCACAUAUUCAUCACGAUGGAUAGUUAGCAAUUCCAAUUAGAACUUUAAUUAGCGUGAUGUCAUGACGACAGUGAAUUUUGAAAUGGAACAGUGACGUUUUUUUUUGUGUACCUGAAAAAUUCCAGUGUCUGUAAUAUCGAAACAAUGUUCCUGAUCAUCUCAGUCCUAAUGCAAACUUGCCUAAACUUUGUAAUCUUCUCCUACGGCCUCUGGUAUUUCCUUAUAGAUGUCCUCUACCUAUUCCUACCAUUUGGCCUCAUACCAACAGCAAUAAUCUUCGUCACAUUAGUUAUCUUUAAAGUCCCGAAACCAUCGAAUUCCCAACUUGAGAGGAUAGUCGGCAGGGAACUGUACCUUGAGAACGGUGCAGAUGAUAGACCAGCAAUGAGGACUGUGGGGCAUCGAGGGGCUGGCCUGGAUGCACCCGAGAACAGCCUUGCAGCUUUCAAAAUAUGCGAAGAGAAGAACUGCUCAUACGUUGAGUUCGACAUUACAUUAACUAAAGAUUUGGUGCCUGUGGUCUUUCAUGAUACCACUUUGGAGAGGACGGCCAAUGUCAAACUUAAAGUCAAAGACAUCACUUAUGCAGAACUCAUGGAAAUUGACAUAGCGAUGAAUCAUCCUUUCAAAGAAAAGUUCAGGAACACGAAAGUGCCAACUCUUGAGGAAACUGUGGUGCUUCUACUGAAUUCCAAGCUGAACAUGUUCAUUGAUUUGAAAUAUCACGAUUACAGGAAUUUUUUUCAGAUAGUUAAAGUGGUGAAUGAUUUAUUCGUUAAAUAUCCAGAGCUUCACCACAGGGCUGUCGUAUCCUCAUUUUAUCCUUCGCUCAUCUAUUUGAUAAGACGAAACAAUCCUAAAAUCGUUUGCUCCAUUGCUUAUAGGCCGUACUUCUUCAGCUAUUCGGGAUACAUGUUUCCAGAGGGUCUGGGUCGUAGACGCGCCAGGUUUUUACCUAAACACUUGGUCAAUUUAAUGGUGGACAAACUGCACUCGUGGCUUCUACCCAAAGUCACCUACUACGUAACCGGCAUAUCGUUGAUCCUGUUGCACAAGGAUUUCAUGAGCGCGGAUGUCGUCAUGAAUUGGAGGAGGAAAGGGGUCAGAGUUUGCGCCUGGACUGUAAACCAUCCAGCCGAGAAACAGUAUUGCAGCAAGAUCCUGAAGAUCGCCUACUUCACGGAUACGCUCGUCGGGGAAGGAACGGCUCACGCAAACUAAGUGUAGCAAGCAAGCAGCAUAGGAAACGCAAGCACGAAUCUCUUUUGCCAGCAACUUCUCCACUUACUUAUUUAUUACGUAUUGUUUGUUUUCCUUCGAUUUUGGUGUGCGUGUGCCAUUCAUUCAUUAUUUUCGCCGACCACUUUCUUGGAUGCAAUCAACUCCAGUACAAAUCUAUAUUUAACUUAUAUUUAUACACAUUGUAUUUGUAUACACUUUCUUACUUUGUGACAUGUGAUUAUCUCUUAUAGCAAUU